CAGACUCUUCUCCGUUCCUUCCCGAGGAUAAGACGUGCUCCUCCGGUGCGCGCACCGCGGGAACUCCAACCCGCGUGAUUUCUUCGAACGAGUGGUGGGUGGUCCAGGGACGGGGGACGAGCGGCGUCGAGGGGGCAACCGGCAUUUCUCUAGCCACGAUGCCGAUCCUGUCGCACGCUGGGUCCGUGGUCUUCGCUCGGCCUGGUCGUCGGAUCACGAUCCGACGGCGGUGGGCGCCGGAUAGAAGGUUGCGGUGGCUGGUGACCUCGGCAUGGGCGAUGAAAAAAGAUGUGGCCCGAGGAGGCUACGGAUCAGAGGGGAGAGGACGACGAUGGUGCCGUUCGGGAUGGGAUGCUGUGAUCAUCACGUGGGCAUGGGGCGGAUGGAAUGUAGAGAGACGGGUGGGACAGGGAUAGUCAUGCUUGGCCUUGGGGGGGGAUGUCCUUGGACAUCCAUCUUUGAACCUGGACUAGGAAAGAAUACCUGGCUGCCGAUGGCUCAGAAUAAGGAUGAGUAUGAUGGGCGUAAAAAUGGUACGUCUUCUGCUGCUGGUUCGUCCGCAUCUCAACUAGUUGUAAUCUGAUCCACCAUGACUCAGAACAUGCUGCUUAAUUACACAAUGAGCAUGAGAAAACUAUUUCUGUAAGCAAAUCAUGUAGUAGUUUACAUCUACCUGUGUCUGCUAAUCCUGUGUGUCGUAGGGUUGUGAUGGUGUUACCUCUACUGUCAAGUAUGAGGGAGUGGAAUGCAAAGAUUAAGAGACAUAGAAAGAAGUAACAAACAUCACAAACACGAUUCCCCUGUUAAGAAAGAGAUCCAUGUCGCAGGACUUGCUAAAGGUCAGGGAUGAUGAAGACUGAUGUUAUCAUGGUUCUGUUGUUGGGUUCUGAUUUGGUUUUGGGGACUUGGGGUUAAUCUUUUGGUGCAUAUGGUUGUCUUAUACAUGAACACAAUCAAAUUCUGGGAGUCUUGCGUUUAUUUAUCCUACUUUUGAUCAUGAUAUCAUCUUUUGAUACUCUAAAAAGGAGAACAUAAAUGAGAUAGGUAACAUUCUGGAUGAGGUCAAAGCAAACAGAAACUUUUGAUGGCAUCUCAAAGAACACACAAGGAUCAAAAUGCAAAUACUAAGAUCGAAUCUCUUGUUGUUCAAACAAUCACCAUUUCAUUUUAGGUUGCACACCAAGAUUGAUGAUCCCAAGUUUUGACUUCUAUCAGCUGUUCAUUUGUCACUGCGGUAGGCUUCCUGAAUCAAAUUUCCAUUGAGUCAAUUUACUUCUCAUGGUUUAAAGCAAACUCCAGCUGCAGAGUCAAAGACGGAAGUUGCAAUUCUCUUCCUGAGUUCCUGUUGCAGAGUCAAUUUACUUGUUGUUGGCGUUCUGAGCUAAAUUGUUCUCAUCAUGAAGACAAUGGCAGGUCUUCACUUCCUGGAAGCCUCUGCUUUCUUGUUUCCGAUCUUUCUACAUUCAUUCAAAUGAUCGAUCAGGUCAGAACCUUCUUGGUUGGUCAAUGCCAGCAAUCAAGUGGGGCAUGCCUGGAUCAGUAUGUUGGACUAAUCCCUUGCACUGCUAUGAGAAGAGUCCAAUAAGGCUGCUACGAUCAAAGUCAAGGACAUGGUGCAGGGGUCAUUUUGCUUGUCAUGCACUCUUCUUGCACUGUCUUCUUGUGACAUUCUGUGGUUUGAUGUUCUGAGACCAGUCUAACAGUUUGGAUUCUUCUUUAGCAUUUGUGAACAAAACAGGGCAAGUUAGCACCCACCAACUACAAUUUGAUCACUGCUUAAAUUAUGGAGUUCAAAAUCUGCAAGCAGUUUCAAGUUCCUUCAUAGAGAGGAAAGAAAGCAAAAAGAAGAAAUCCUAGCUAUCUACUUGCAAGAAUCUCAAAUGCAUAAAGGUUCACAAAAAGAAGCUGCAGACUGAUGGUGAGGCUACUACCGUACGUUGCAAUCUUCUUGUUAUCAUCUCUAUCUCUUCUACUGCUUGGUGCUUCAGAUGACAGGCUCACUCCCGGGGAAUUCAUCUCCCUGAAUGAGACUUUGGUCUCCGAUGCUGGAGAAUUUGUGUUCGGCUUCUUCUCUCCUACAAAUUCCACUGGUGAUUUCUAUGCUGGGGUGUGGUACAACAUCCCUCAGAGGACGGUCAUAUGGGUUGCCAACAGAGAGCAGCCGAUCAAUGAUUCCUCUGCGACUCUUCGAAUCUCUGAUGACAGCAACCUCGUCAUCAUGGACUCAGAAGGAGGCAUCUUCUGGUCAUCAAAUUUAUCAGGCUUUGGCACACCAGGCAAUGACACAGCAGCAGUGCUGCUCAACUCAGGAAGUCUGGUUCUUAGAGCAAACAGUCAUAAUAUAUUGUGGCAGAGCUUUGAUCAUCCUACGGACACCUUCGUUCCAGGUAUGAAGAUCCAGUACAAUUUCGGCAAACACUCAGCCAGGUACAUUACAUCUUGGAAGGACGCAAAUGACCCCUCACCAGGGAAUUUCUCCCUUGGCAUUGGUUCCAGCACUGCUGCCCAGCUCCUGAUUUGGUCGGGGACAAAGCCCUACUGGAGAAGCCAAGUGUGGAUUGGGAAAAUGUUCACUGGAUCACGAGCAAUCAACACCACCGCUGUGGCAUACUUAACAGUGCUAGAAGAUGAUGAUGAGAUCGGCAUCACAUUAAGUGUCUCAGAUGCAUCAUUGUAUAUUAGAUACACAUUAAACUAUUUAGGACAGAUUGAGUUACUGAUUUGGGAUAAUAGUUCCAAGAAUUGGACAAAGUACUCAUCUGUGCCAAAUGACAAGUGCGAAACAUAUGGAUGGUGCGGUCAAUUCGCGUAUUGUGAUAGUACUGAAUCAGUGCCAGCAUGCAAAUGUAUGGAAGGAUUUAAGCCCAAGGUUCAGAGUGACUGGGAGAAUGGGAACUUCUCGGCUGGUUGCACCAGAAAGAAGGCAUUGAGGUGUGGUGAUGGUGAUGGAUUUCUGAGAGUUGAAGGCAUGAAAUUGCCAGACCAUGUUGUGUUUCUUAGGAACAGAAACAUCGGAGACUGCAGAACUGCAUGCCUAACCAAUUGUUCCUGUACAGCUUAUGCUUAUUCUGAUGUGACAACGGGAAACGAAACGUUCUCAGGGUGCUUGAUUUGGGUGGGAGAGUUGAUAGAUACUGAGAUGGUAAGCAGUGGUGGGGAGGAUCUCUAUUUGCGCCUAAUGGAUAUUAGUUUAGGAACAGCAGGAAGCAAGACGAAGACUAGGAGGAUAGUAAUUAUAGUAUCUCUUUCUGCGAUUAUCGUUUCUUUGGCCUGCAUCUUUAUCUUAUGGAAGUUCAGUGAGGGUUUAUGUGUAUUCAAGGAUCGAAAGAAAGGAAAUCUACUAAGUGAUCUGAGCUCAGGGACAGACUUUGCAAAUAACAUAUCUGGCUCGAACGAAUUCAUAGAAAGGCAGCCUCAUCAAGGUCCAGAACUUCCGCUAAUUGGUUUUGAGAACAUACUCUUUGCCACAAACAAUUUCUCCGAUUCAAAUAAGCUGGGACAAGGAGGUUUUGGCAUAGUUUACAAGGGAAACCUACCAGGAGGACAAGAGAUUGCUGUUAAAAGACUCUUGAGAGGAUCUAGGCAAGGUUUGGAGGAGUUCAAAAAUGAGGUCAUUUUGAUUGCCAAGUUACAGCACAGGAACUUAGUCAAGCUUAUUGCUUGCUGUAUCCAUGGGGAAGAGAAGCUACUGGUCUAUGAGUACAUGCCCAACAAAAGUUUGGAUUUCUUCCUCUUUGAUCCAACACAGAAAGCAAAGCUUGACUGGGGAAAGCGAUUCAACAUAAUCAAGGGGAUCGCUCGAGCACUUUUGUAUCUACACCAGGACUCGAGGCUUCGUAUAAUUCAUCGGGAUCUUAAAGCCAGCAACAUUCUGCUAGAUGCAGAGAUGAAUCCAAAGAUAUCUGACUUUGGUAUGGCAAGAAUUUUUGGUGGCAACCAGGAUGAAGCAAACACAAACAGAGUCGUCGGAACAUACGGUUACAUGUCUCCUGAGUACGCAAUGGAGGGCCUCUUUUCCGUGAAGUCUGAUGUCUACAGCUACGGAGUGCUCUUGUUGGAGAUUGUGAGCGGCUUUCGGAACAGCAGCUUUCACUUAAUCAUGGACUUCCCAAACCUUCUAGCUUACGCAUGGGAACUCUGGAACGAAGGCAAGGAAAAUGACUACGUCGAUUCAUCCAUCGCCGACACAUGCUCUCCGACCGAGGUGUUGAGAAGCAUCCAUGUGGGCCUCCUGUGCGUGCAAGAUAGCCCGAACGAUCGGCCAGCCAUGUCUUCGGUUGUCUUCAUGCUGGAAAACGAGGAAGCCACAAUCUCUGCAGCACCCAAACAGCCCAUCUUUACAAUUCAAAGAAACCUGAAUCCAGAUAUAGGUCAUCCACCAGAUGACACCUACCUGGUGUAUUCUUACAACAACAUGACCGUCACAGCUAGAGGAAAGAAAGCGAAAAGAAGAAAUCCUAGCUCUCUACUUGCAAGAAGCUCAAAUGCACAAAGGUUCACAAAAAGAAGCUGCAGACUGAUGGUGAGGCUACCACCGUACGUUGUAAUCUUCUUGGUAUCAUCUCUCUCUCUUCUACUGCUUGGUGCUUCGGAUGACAGACUCACUCCUGGGGAAUUCAUCUCCCUGAAUGAGACUUUGGUCUCCGAUGCUGGAGAAUUUGUGUUCGGCUUCUUCUCUCCUACAAAUUCCACUGGUGAUUUCUAUGCCGGGGUGUGGUACAACAACAUCCCACAGAGGACGGUCAUAUGGGUCGCCAACAGAGAGAAGCCGAUCAAUGAUUCCUCUGCGACUCUUCGAAUCUCUGAUGACAGCAACCUCGUCAUCGUGGACUCAGAAGGUGGCAUCUUCUGGUCAUCAAAUUUAUCAGGCUUUGGCACACCAGGCAAUGACACAGCGGCAGUGCUGUACAACUCAGGAAAUCUAGUUCUUAGAGCAAACAGCCAUAAUAUAUUGUGGCAGAGCUUUGAUCAUCCUACGGACACCUUUGUUCCAGGUAUGAAGAUCCUGUACAGUUACCGCAAACACUCAGCCAGGUACCUUACAUCUUGGAAGGACGCAAACGACCCCUCACCAGGGAAUUUGUCCCUUGGCAUUAUUUCCAGCACUUCUAUCCAGAUCCUGAUUUGGUCGGGGACAAAGUUCUACUGGAGAAGCCAAGUGUGGAUUGGGAAAAUGUUCAGCGGAUCACAAGCAAUCAACACCACCGCUGUGGCAUACAUAACAGUGCUAGAAGAUGAUGAUGAGGUCUACAUCACACUAGGUGUCUCAGAUGCAUCAUUGUAUAUUAGAUACACAUUAAACUAUUUAGGACAGAUUGAGUUACUGAUUUGGGAUAAUAGUUCCAAGAAUUGGACAAAGUACUCGUCUGUGCCAAAUGACAAGUGCGAAACAUAUGGAUGGUGCGGUCAAUUCGCGUAUUGUGAUAGUACUGAAUCAGUGCCAGCAUGCAAAUGUAUGGAAGGAUUUGAGCCCAAGGUUCAGAGUGACUGGGAGACUGGGAACUUCUCGGCUGGUUGCAUCAGAAAGAAGUCAUUGAGGUGUGGUGAUGGAGAUGUAUUUCUGAGAGUUGAAGGCAUGAAAUUGCCGGACCAUGUUGUGUUUCUUAGUAACAGAAGCAUCGGAGACUGCAGAACUGCGUGCCUAACCAAUUGUUCCUGUACGGCAUAUGCUUAUCCUGAUGUGACCACGGGAAACACAACGAUCUCAGGGUGCUUGAUUUGGGUGGGAGAGUUGAUAGAUACCGAGAUGGUAGGCGGUGGUGGGGAGGAUCUCUAUUUGCGCCUAAUGGAUAUUAGUUUAGGAACAUCAGGCAGCAAGACGAAGGCUCGGAGGAUAGUAAUUAUAGUAUCUCUUUCUGCGAUUAUCGUUUCUUUGGCUUGCAUCUUUAUCUUAUGGAAGUUCAGUGAGGUAUUUGGUGUAUUCAAGGAUCGAAAGAAAGGAAAACUACUAUGUGAUCUGAGCUCAAGUACAGACUUUGCGAACAACAUCUCUGCUUCGAACGAAUUCAUAGAAGGGAAGCCUCAUCAAGGUCCAGAACUUCCGCUAAUUGGUUUUGAGAACAUACUCUGUGCCACAAACAAUUUCUCCGAGUCAAAUAAGCUGGGAAAAGGAGGUUUUGGCAUAGUUUACAAGGGAAACCUACCAGGAGGAAAAGAGAUUGCUGUUAAAAGACUCUUGAGAGGAUCUAGGCAAGGUUUGUCGGAGUUCAAAAAUGAGGUCAUUUUGAUUGCCAAGUUACAGCACAGGAACUUAGUCAAGCUUCUUGCUUACUGUAUCCAUGGGGAAGAGAAGCUACUGGUCUACGAGUACAUGCCCAACAAAAGCUUGGAUUUCCUCCUCUUUGAUCCAACCCAGAAAACAAAGCUUGACUGGGGGAAGCGAUUCAACAUAAUCAAGGGGAUCGCUCGAGCGCUUCUCUAUCUUCACCAGGAUUCGAGGCUACGGAUAAUUCACCGGGAUCUUAAAGCCAGCAACGUUCUGCUCGACGAAGAGAUGAACCCCAAGGUGUCUGAUUUCGGCCUGGCAAAGAUUUUUGGCGGCAACCAGGACGAAGCCAACACCGACAGAGUCGUCGGAACGUAUGGCUACAUGUCUCCCGAGUACGCAAUGGAAGGGCUCUUCUCCGUGAAGUCGGAUGUCUACAGCUACGGCGUGCUGCUGUUGGAGAUCGUGAGCGGCUUCCGGAACAGCAGCUUUCCCCUCGCCAUGGACUCCCCUAAUCUCCUGGCUUACGCAUGGCAACUGUGGAACGAAGGCAACGCAGAGGAUUACGUCGACCCAUCGAUUGCCUGCUCAUGCGCUCGGGCGGAGGUGGUGCGAAGCAUCCAUGUCGGCCUGCUGUGCGUGCAAGACAGCCCCAGUGAUCGACCAGCCAUGUCUUCAGUUGUUUUCAUGCUGGAAAACGAAGAAGCCACAAUCUCUGCAGCACCCAAACGGCCCAUCUUUACAAUUCAAAGAAACCUGAAUCCAGAUACAGGUCAUCCACCAGAUGACACCGACCAGGUGUAUUCUUACAACAACGUGACCGUCACAGCUGCAGAAGGACGCUAGAGACCCAUCUCAAAAUAUGUCGAGCAGAGACACCAACAAGUAAGCAGAGGUCUGUGUUGGGUGUUCGACUCUCUUGUCAUGUUAAUAUUUCUCUCGAGAUCAUUCUAGCUUAGAAAAUUCACUUGUUUGUGAAUCUAUCUUGGUGUAUUGUUUGACUUCGCAUUCUGCCUUCAGGUCUGACACAUGACGGUCACAACAUGAUGAGACUGUCGAUGUUAUCACAACUUGCAGUAGUGAGUUUGACAAAAGAUUGUCACUGAGGUAUUAUAUAUAGUUGGAGACACUUGUGACGGAAUAAAUGAGGAUGAGCAUGGAAUAAUUGAUGUGAUUUCUUUA